GGCCUCUGGAAUGGGAAGAUAUCAUCAUCAUCAACCCUCAUUUCACAAUUGAUUUAAUACAAGAAUUCCACCGAGAGUCUGUAUUUGUGUACGUUGUGUGCACAAUGAUAUUCGGAGGUAAGGUGAUGGAAGAGGCCAGCAGGAGGUUCUCAGAGGUGCUAUUUCUGCAGCUGUCAGGCUUUGUUCCUUACUCUGUUCAGUAACAACGCCCAUUCUCAGCCUGAAUCACCAUGAAGCCAGUCCAUGAGCGCAACCAGGAGUGCCUCCCUCCCAAGAAGCGGGACCUCCUAGUCAACAACAAUAACACCACCAACAACAAUAGCAGCAGUAGCAUCAGCGGUAUGUCAGGAGGCACUGCCAUUGGGAGUGGUGGAGGAGAGGAGGCCCCAUCUUUACAAAGCUCUGGAACAAGUGGAGAACCCCAUAGUGGGGGCGGUACUUGCGAGUGGGUGCGAGCUCAACCUAGCAUGCAUUUUGGUGGAGUCGAGGGUCCUGAGGGUCUUGUGGGGCUGACUCUGGAUCAGUAUAGCAUGCUUUAUAAAGUGGCUCUGCCCGCUGGCACCUACUCUCCCACCAGCCUGCACCCAGUUCUUAGCCACAUUUCUCCCGCCUAUACUGUUCCCUCCCAGGUGUUACAGCAUACAAGCGUUCCAUACCCUCCACUUGGCUACACCCAGAUCCCUCACUCCUCCUUGCAGUUUGUCAGUUCGCCAUAUGCAACAGCAGUUCCCUAUGCUGUACCUCCAGGAUUUGUCCAGAGUUCCUUGAUACCUCCUCAGUCGGCCAUUCAACAGCAGCACACCUUGUCCCACCUGAUUCCGUAUCCAUCAGUCAUUCAGGAAGGAGUGGUUUCGUCCCCCCUGCAGCAGCAGGUCUCAAGCCAUGUGUACACCAAAAUGGCAGCACCCAGCAGAGUUCCUCUGGUACUCCCUUCUGAGCAGGCGGCAGCACAACCGCAGCUUGGAACUGUAGGGAUGCUGCAUUCUGCAGAGGUUAGCCCAAGGGGAGUUUUUCACCACCCUGCCAUCAGGGGUGUCCAACCUCAAAGAGAUCUUCACAGCAGCUCCCUGGAACAGGGAAGAGAGGUGAAUGGAGGAGACAGAGAACAUGGAGUCAGGGAGCCCCAUCAGGAUGCCGUUUCCAGAAAUGCAUGGCUGCUCCAGGGGGAGCCCCCGCAAGACAACAGCUUGAAAGGACGCAGACAGGAAGGCAGAGUCUCGCCAGGCCAGCGCAGCACACCGGACACAGAUCUUGAGGUUCAGCAAGCGGUUGGACGACUGACCUCUCCAGUUCAUGGGACAAGUCGCAAGGAAGCAGCACAAGUUCCCCUGAAUCUUUCUCAGAGGAGUAGAGAGUCUCAGGGUGAAGCCAGAACAGCUUACACAUCACAUCCUGCUGAAUCCAGAGCUCAACAGCAGCAGAUAGUUCAACCAGGUCACGCUGUGAUCUUGGCCAAUGGGCAGCCUGUUCUUGUGCCCUUGGACUUCCAUCACCACCAGCAGCAGCAACAACAACAACUACAACAACAGCAGCAGCACUACCCAAAUCAACCAAACAAUGUGGCAGCCACCUUUGUUGCUUCUCCUACAACUUUUACAAAAGCCGUCAAUGUUUCAGCAGCAGUGUCUUUCCCAGAGCGUGCGGUGGUGGAGCUGACUCACCAACAAGGUCAUCCACCCUCCCAGCAGCUUCUUGCUCCAGCUACUGGAGGUCCUCCUCAAUCUCCUCUUCUUGCUCCUGUAGGCCCAUCGCACUUCAUGAAGGGGGCCAUCAUCCAGUUGGCAACCGGAGAGCUCAAGCGUGUGGAAGAUCUGCAGACUCAGGACUUUGUGCGGAGCGCAGAAGUUAGCGGUGGUCUGAAGAUUGACUCAAGCAUGGUGGUGGACAUCCGCGCUAGUCAACAGCGACCCGGUUUAGUGGCUCUGCAUUUCAAUGUAGGGGAGCAACAGAGCAAAGUGACUAUAGAUGUACCCCCUGAACAUCCGUUUUUUGUUUUCGGACAGGGCUGGUCGUCUUGUAGCCCUGAGUGGACUGCCCAACUGUAUGGUCUCACUUGCCACCAUCUGCAAGUGGGUGAUGUUUGCGUAUCAGUCACACUUGCGCAGCAAGCUGCGCCACAGCAGAAACCAUCGCAACAACAACAAGUGCAGGCCAGGACUCCCAUCAAAGCCAACUCCACGUCAGGGGCCCCACCUCAGCCCAUGGGCCCCCCUGCUCCCCAGAACACUCGGCCGCAAAGCCAACUAAAGGUGGACCGCAUCCACAGAGAGAGAGACCGGGACAAGGAGGAGCCCAUGCAGGUCGGGGGUUCAAGACAUGCCGACAUGGCCUCUAGACCAAACAGGACUUCAGCAGAGCACAUUCGGAGCCAGAGCAACUAUUAUUUGCACACUGAGGGUCACGGAGCCGGAGCCUCUUCCAUAGGGGCAUCCCAGAGACGCUGGUCUGCCCCUGGCUUCCAAAGAUAUAGCAUCAAGAAUGAGGAGGGGAAUCUAGUCUCUGUUGCCACCUCUGGCUCUUCACGGCCCUCCUUUAUCCCUCAGGAGGUCAAGUUGUCCAUUGAGGGGCGCUCUAAUGCCGGGAAGUAGCAGCCGCUAUAAAAGCAAACACAAACGCAAGAGAUUGUCAAUGGGAGCAAAGUGUCACAGUCGGUUGAAAAGGAUGCAAAAUAGGGAGCGAGGGAGAGCAAGAGAGAAUGUAGCCUCAGAAUGUUUGAGAUUUUGCACAUAUUGGAAGUGUCCCCCUGCCGCUCCCCCCUUCCUUUUUAUUUGCAUAGUUCUGGUCUUAAAGGGAUAGU